GUCGUCAAAUAAGUUGAAUAAAUUAGUAAAUCGAACUUAACCAACCCCUCUACGCGGCAUGGGCUCAAGAAUAGUUUAUAAACAGAGGUACCAUAACAGAUACUAUCUUAUGACUCCUGUCGAAUGACCGAUGAGUGUAUACUGUUACGCAGAGAAAGUCUACUCGGUCGCUGAUCUAUGUCCAGCGGCUACCAUCACUACUUUCCUUCCCUGCGUGUGUGACGUAACUCUAUAAAAGAGACUGUUGUGAAGACGCCGCUGCUAUACCGUUUCCGAUCGCCUGCCUCGGUCAUAGCGUCCCGCACACCGAUACAGAAGGACGCGAGCGGAACUUUUUCCGCUGGAGCCCUAGGACUUACAAGUGAAAAGUCAAAGAUACAAGAUGAGGUUGUCGUUGUUGUUAGCGGCGGUAUGCUGCUUAGUGUUGUCGGCUUAUGCGAGCCCUAUCACACGGCCUGAUGAUGAGCAAAAGGAGGUAGGCAGACAAUCCGCUGCACCACCUGCUGCACAACCAGCGGCAACAGACGAUGAUGAUGAUGACGAUGACGACGAUGACGAUGUCGAUCUCGACGACCCAUUAUCAGACGACGACGAUGAUGAUGACGAUGAUGACGAUGAUGACGACGAGGCUGAUGAGGAGGGUGAAGAUGAUGAGGAUGACGACUAUUUGGAAAGAUUCUUCGAUGAUAUCUUAGGAGGAGGAGAAGACGAUGACGAUGAUGAUGAAUCUACAGGAGUACAAUCUGUAGUCGCUAGUGCUGAUACCUCCCCUGCCGCACCAGCUCCAGCCGCUCCUGUUGAAGAAGCUGCAGCUGUUUCUGAAGAAGCCGAAGUUUCAGAAGCUGGAGAAGCUGCUGUCGAGGGUGAUGAACAAGAAGGUGCACAGAAAGAGCCAGCUAGUGCUGAGGUAGAAGCUCCCGUUGCUGCUAGCUCGGAAACUGUUGCUAACGCUGAUGCCGAUGAUGAUGAAGAGGAGGAGGAAGAUAUCGCUGAUGCUUUUGAUGGUGAAGAGGAUGAUGAUGAUGAUGAAGAGGAUGAUGAAGAUGAGGAUGAAGAUGAUGAUAUCUCCGAAGUUCUCAGCAGGAAGAGUUCGAAACAAGCACGUGCUUUAGAAGAAGAACCCCCAAAGAAGCCUGCCCCAGUUCCAGCAAUUUAUAUUGUGAAGUAUAAUAGGUUUGUGGAUAGUAUUCUUGAAAAAAUGAAUGAUAUCUUGAAGCGUUCUUAUGACCCUGUCAACGUGAAACUCCAACCCAUUGAUGCUAAUAAGAAAACCACAAAACCGAAGAAGAAUAUGACAAAGACAAAUAAAAGCAGAACAUCAAAUAAAAAGAAGAACUCUGGUCGUGGUGGAAUUACUAAUAAAAUGGCUGAAAAUGUGACAAACCAAAUAGAACAGAAAAAUGAGAUUGAAAACGCUGUCACUAAAGACGAAAUCAUUGCAAAUGAAAAUAUAGAACAAAUGGCCAUCGAGUCAAGAGCUUCGAAAAAUCCUAACAGUAAAGCAAAAGCAACCACUGCAAAACCAAAACCUAAUAAGACUACGAAGCCAAAGGCGAAACCUAAACCACCACCAAAAACAACGACAAAGAAGCCAGCCAUUAAAAACAAAGUGAAAACCAGCGAAAAGAGCAAACCCAGAGCCAAGGGGACACUCUACGGACUCUCGACUUUAAGAAGAAGUGGUGAUGUUGCAGUUAGCAUCAUGUCUAACCACACAACUAUUAAAAGUAAUUUCGCCGUAGGACCGCUUAUAUUGAGAGUUGAAAAAGAGGUCGGACGGAAGAAGGAAAUCAAAUCAGCUACAGCAACAACAGCCGAAAUGUUGGGAAAACUAACAUUGAGAGUUAACAAUCAAGGCGUUGCAACUUUACAUUCCAUCAAAGUCCUGCAACCUAAACAGGUUCGAGUGGAAAGCAAUCAUGAGAGGACGAGGGAGUUAGUUUGGCAGCGUAGCGCCAGAAUCGCGCAUGUAGUGUCUGAAAAACUGAGAUCGGCUUCCAAGCCAAUGUUUUUUCACCAAAGCGUCGUGAGGCAGUGAAUAGCUAUCCUUAAACAACAAAUCAUUAUAUACGUAAUUCCGUGAAUAUUCUUUCGCGUUUUACUACUAAGAUAUUUAUAUUUAUAUUAAAUUAUAAGUUUGACUGUUAUGAUUAUAGGAUUAAUUAUAUCAUCUUAUUAUUGUAUAGCGAUACUCACAUUAACUGUAUAGUC